AAUACAGAGAUCAGAGGAGGCCUAACACCACACAACGCCAACGCAGAUGACUAACAGGCUGAACAUCUGAGAAGAUACAGAAAUCAUGUCCAAAUCUGUUGACAGAAACAAGGUGCUUGAAACCAUCAAGGUGCGGACUGCACUAAAGAAUGAUGGCAGCUGGAUCCAAAAAUCUGGACAGGGAAAAAAAGAGCAAGAUGAAGCAGGAUUGGACCUUGCUGUGGAAACCACACCCGCUGCAGUCAGGGAGAAAUCCUAUGUCCUCUCCACAGCCAUGAAAUACGAAUCAGUGGAUUCUCCACUGAGCCCUCAUCUCAAAGAGACAACUGAAGGUGCUUCAGCUAUCCGGGCGAGUGGUGAGGUUAUUCUUCCCCAGAAAGAUGCUCAGCCUGAGGGGUUAACAGUGGAGACUGCAGACGAUACCAAGCCCCAAGCACAUGCAAAAGAACUUGUCCAAAAUGGUGAGGCACAAAGAGAAAACACUGUUGCCAACAAAGCAGAAGAAAACAAGGAGGGAUGUGCUGAUACACCAGCUGAGCAGUCAAACACAGAUCACACUGAGGCCAAGUCCCCUGAAGAUGCUCUUCUUGAAGUCAAAAUGAAACCCGAAGAGGAACCUUCAGUCGCAACAGAGCCAGCCAGUGGGGCACAUUUGGAGGAUGCAGAAUUGAUUAUACAACCUGCAGAGAGGAGUUGUAAUGAGCGUCCCCCAGAACAAGCUGCAGAAGGUGUUUUUGAAGCUGUGGCUGUGGUUGUGCUGGAGUCAUCCCAUUAUAAGAGUGAUGUGAUUAAUGCAACACCAGGAUACGGGGCUGCUCCCCAAAACAGCGUGGAAACAAUCCCUGACUUGUUGCUGGAAUCCUUAUCCAAAUCACCAACUCACCAAACAAUUCUUGAUCCUGUAUCUGAAUCGCCAACUCAGUCUGCUGCCAACACCACAGUCAAGUCUGUGGAGUGUGAAGUUGAGCCUGCAACUCCGACAGAAGCAGCUUUAAAGACCAGAGCUGAAGAGGCAGUUGAGUGCGAAGUCCACCCUGUCAAUAAUACUGUGGUUGUGCAAAGUGCUGAGAAAGCAGCAGAUCAAGUGAUGGAGUUGAGCAUCACUGAUGCUCUUGAUUUUGAAACUGCUUCAGAUGCUGGAGCUAUAACUGAAGUCACAGCUGAAGCAGUUCCUGAACCUGUUGACGAUCCAAAGCAAUCCCACUCAGACGAGUCAAACCUGAACCAAUCUGAUGAUACCAAAAUCACUGACAUUUUUCUAAAGCCUAGGGAGGAGCUACAAACCUUGCACACUCUAAAAAUGACCAGUGAUGGCAAAGCUGUUUGUUCAUUCUGCGACCAAAUUAUUGAGGGAAAGGUCAAGAUCUCAUUCAGUGAACCUCUGAUGACUUGCCACGCUGAAUGUCUAAAGUGUGGUGUGUGUGCCAAGAGGCUGGGCGAUAUGCUGACCCCCAUGUUUCUGCAUGACCAAGUGAUCCACUGUGAUGGCUGCUUCUUCUCAAGGCCUGAAGCCUAACUGGGACAAACAUGUAACGCAUUCAGUGAUUCAUGUGUUGUUAUGGCUGAGAACCUCAUCACUGUGGCCCUAACUCUGUUUAAGUCUGUAUUUUGAAUCUUUGAACUUUUCAGGAUGUGUCG